AUGGUCAACAGGAGAUUAAACUAUUGGGAUUCUGAUUUUGAGGAUGAGGUCAUCAACAUCAAUGUUGGGGGCCUGAGACGGAGACUCAGUUCGAGUGCCCUCUCCAAAUUUCCUGACACUCGGCUUGGGCGCUUGCUUUCCUGCGACUCUGAAGAGUCCAUCCUACAGCUGUGUGAUGAUUAUGAUGUGAGUGCCAGGGAGUUCUACUUUGAUCGGAAUCCUGGCUUCUUCCUAUACCUGCUCCAUUUUUACCAGACUGGCAAGUUACACAUUAUGGAGGAACUGUGUGUCUUCUCCUUUUGCCAAGAGAUAGAAUACUGGGGCAUUAAUGAAUUCUUUCUGGAUUCCUGCUGCAGCUAUCGCUACCAUGAACGGAAACUGGAGAGGCAUCAUCACAACUGGGAUGAGGAAAGUGAAGUUAGCAGUGUGGAAUCGUCCCCAGAUGAGAUCUUAGAUAUCAAUCAUGACCUGCUUCGCUAUAGUACACUCCGCUGUGGCAAUCUGCGCAAGCGCCUUUGGCUCACCAUGGAAAAUCCAGGAUACUCCAUCCCAAGCAAACUCUUCAGCUUUCUGUCUAUCAGUGUUGUGCUGGUUUCCAUAGCUACCAUGUGUAUUCACAGCAUGCCAGAAUACCAGCAGCUUGACGAGGAGGGCAAGUUGAAGGAUGACUCUGUGUUGCAAAACCUGGAGUAUUUCUGCAUCUCCUGGUUCACGUUUGAAGUCACUGCCCGCUUGCUUUUGGCUCCAAACUUGAGGAAGUUUUUCAAACAUCCCCUCAAUCUGAUUGACAUUGUCUCAGUGUUGCCUUUCUAUUUCACGCUCUGGGUAGAUGUGACCACGAAGACAGAUUCCGAACUGGGAAAUUUGGGAAAGGUGGUGCAAGUGUUUCGUCUUAUGAGGAUAUUCCGAGUGCUGAAGCUGGCAAGGCAUUCAACAGGCCUGAGGUCUUUAGGAGCUACCUUGAAGCAUAGCUACAGAGAAGUGGGAAUUCUUCUCCUAUACUUGGCUGUUGGGGUGUGUGUCUUCUCUGGAGUAGCCUACACUGCAGAAAAGGAGGAAGAUGUUGGCUUUGACACUAUUCCCGCUUGCUGGUGGUGGGGCACAGUUAGCAUGACAACUGUAGGUUAUGGGGACGUGGUACCAGUGACUGUCGCCGGCAAGCUAGCAGCUUCUGGUUGCAUCCUGGGUGGGAUUUUGGUUGUGGCACUGCCUAUCACUAUCAUCUUCAAUAAGUUCUCCCAUUUCUAUCGCCGGCAAAAGGCCCUUGAAGCUGCUGUGCGGAACAGCGACAAGAAGAAACCAGAGGACUCUGAGAAUUACCCAAGUCAAGAAUCUGAUGCUUUCAGUGAAGUUUACCAGAGAGAUGAAGAUCUCACCAGGAACAUCCUUCCACUGAUUGAUUGGGAAUUGAAGACUUAAUGUAUUUGGUGUCAGAAAAAAGGCAAAUUGGUAGCAAGAUGAUCAACAAAACCCUACACCAUUAUGGAUUUAUUCAUUACAAGUGAUCUGCUCCAAAAGCAUGUAUGAAGUAACCUCUUCCUGAGCCAUUGCAGAAUACGCACUGACCUUACACAUCUGGAUUUUCAGCAUUCUUCUAAGCCAGUAUACAUUAUAACUAAUUCAAAUCUCAGUCUGCCAAGAGACAUCUGGAGCAAAAUGGACAAAAUAGUUUAAGAUUCCAUCUGUUUUCCAUUCCUUCACUGCAACAAAAGGAAGUAGAUUCAUCCACACAAGCUUUUCUGUCUGAGUAUUGUGCUGGCAAUAAUAGUCCUAGCAUCCCAAUUCCCACAGUGUAAUUUACAGGCAGACAUCCAAGUACCUGGAUUGGGCUGGAAACUCAAGUAUGGAAUCUAAUAAAUAUGCAAAUUAUACUUUUAAAACAUAGCUUUAUUUCAGCUGACAUUCAGUAGCUGCAGCUAAUCUUCACCACAUAUCAUGAGUCUUCAUGCAACCAAAUAUUUUCAUACUGAAUGUUAAUUUUUCAUAUUCAGUAUUGUUUUCUACCCCAGACAUUUCAAUGUUCCGAUUCAUAAUUUAUCUUCAAAGAUUGCCAAAGAAAUGAAAUACUGAUUGUAAAGUUAUAACAAAUAUUGUUUGUGGCUUCCACAGAACUGAAAUUGUGAAAGAACUUCUAACUUGCCUUAUAAAUGUUUGUCUGAUGGAAACCAUGGAAGCUACCAGCAUAACCUAGAAAGGUUUUUAAUUAAUUCAAUGAUGAUAGAAGAUAAAUAGGAGAGAUUGUA